AUGUUGAACGUGGCAGACACUGUCGCCGAGCAGCUUACGACCAGCACAAAUAGCGUCGAACUGCCGCGGAACGUGCGCAAUCCAGCGAGCUCCAACAAUGCAUCUGCUCGGGUUGCCCAGACGGUGUUUAUUCCAAAUGAGGUUCCGGUACACGAGGCCACGUUCCUCAGACCAGAGCAUCAAUUGCCUGAGCCGACGUCAGCUGAGAACUUAUGGUUUCCAGCUAUCGGCAACUCUACAAGCAUUGGGGCUGCACAGGAUGAUAUCGCGAAGAGUGGCUCUUCCCUUCGCUUUCUGGCCAAUGUCACAAGUACCACUGGACUGCUGAGCACCUUCGAAUGCUGUACGGAGGAAGAGAGAUGGCAGAUUUUGUGUGGAGAUGAUGGCCACCCCAUUGAACGGCAGCACCGAAGCAGAACCACGCCGUCAGCUGCUACAUCCGGCUCCCACAGUCAGCGCCAGAAAGCCGCACCAACGAGCGUACCGGUACAUCUUUCGUGGCCUUGGAAUACUGAUAGUCUAGCUUCAGAUAUCUCGGAAGCUGAGCUAAGAACAGCACAGACUGUCCCAACUCGUAUGCCUUCAUUUACAAGCAAAAAGUCUAGCGCGCUGUUUCCGGAAUACAAGGCCACGUCUUUCGAGGCAGCUGACUCCGAACACGUCACUUCGUGGGGAAGCCUCCACACUCCUUGUCUCCGGAUUGUGGCCAGAAUCCGAGAAGUAGCGACUCAGAAGAGUAGGAGCAGUAUUGUGGAGCAUAGCUGGUCACCCCAAGUGGAAAAGAGAUGUGCUAAGUUCUUCUCCCCAGCAAACUGUUGCAAUUUCUUGAACUUAUACUUCGCCGGCUAUUAUCCACACUGCCCGAUCAUUCAUAAGCCCAGCUUUGAUCCAGCACAAGCUCUAGAGUCACUACUGGCCGUGCUGAUGCUUUUUGGGGCGUGCUUGUCGCCUGACCACUCCCACAACGCCGCAGCUCGUGCCUGGAUCAACGCCGUGGAGGAGAUUGUCUUCGCUGAUGCGACGUAUAUCACGACCGCGCUUGUCAACACUGGUCAGGAAACUGAAGCUUCUACCCAAAAGGAGCAUAGAAUGACCCAACUACUACAAGCCUCGUACCUGGCUUGUGUCUACCAGAAUUGGGAAGGCGAUGAGCUUGCCAAGAAGAGGGUACGACGGUUCCGAUAUAGCAUUGUUGUCGCUCUCGCAAGAGAUUUGGUCAUCUCAGCUGCAGUUCAUCCAGAAUACACCAUGUUUGCGAGCAAAGAGUUCGACUGGUACAGCUUUACUGUAAGAGAAGAACGCAUACGUACAAUGUAUUUUGUCUUCCUACAGGAUAUUGCAUUCGUAAUGUUCAACAAUCUUCCCCCCAGAAUGACCGCCGGGGAAAUGAAGCUGAAUCUUUGCUGCUCCGAAGAAUGUUUCCAAGCCGAAAGCGCUGACGAGUGCUACGUUGAAAUGCAGCUAUGGAUGUUGCUGCCGCUCGCGAAGGCGUCAUUCAACACAGUAUUGACAGCUAUCUGUCAACAACAGCUGAGCGAGGAUGCAUGCAUGACUUUUGCAAGAGUAGGACCCCUGAAUCUCUUCAGCCUUACAACAGCAUUUCAUUCUGUACUUUUCAGUCAGCAUCAGAGUUCUUUUGGCUUUAGUCCUCAAUUGACGCCUGUACAAAACGGUGCGGACAACUGGGACCGAGUCUGGAGAUACACCUGGUCUAUCACUCCUUUGCUCACUACGGAGUUCACGAGUACUGACGACCUGUGGAAACGCAUCGGAUUUUACAGAUACGCGCCCGAGUACAACUGUCUUGCGAGGAGUAUGCUGCAGGGUCUGGUCAAUUUUCACGCCGGUAGCCUUGCCAAUCAAGAUCCGUUCGGAUUGCUAAAUGCUGCCCAACCCUCAGGGCUUGACAGAUAUGACGAAACGAGCAUGGCCCAGGUCAACAAUUUGAUCCAGUUCUUCCAGACCUUUUCGAUCUGA